AUGGGACUGAUGAUGCUCCGGGAUUUCGCUGAAGGCAAGAUGCCGGCCAGCAAGCUGCAGGAAUACGCCCAUGCUGCCGUGAAGAGUGGUGCAAAUGCUCCUGACUUGGCCAAGAUGGCUCAAUUGGGAGCAUAUGGCAAUUCAAGCCAGAACGCCCACAGAGAUCUGAUGAAAUUCGCCUUCAGCAAUGUGAUGGCCCCCAGACUGACCUUCGUCGAGACCAACGUCUCCUUUAGAGAUUUGGCCACUGGUGAAAGGAAAGUGACCCCCAAGAACGUGCCUGUGCUGCUGCUCGGCAGGCUCCCUCAUCUGUGGAUCGAGUCCCUCGACAAAGGCGGUGUGCUUGAAAGUAUUACAGCCAGUACGUCAGCAUUGAAGCAGUAUUGGUCAGAAGUGAACUUCAAGAGCCCCCAGAUGAAGGACCCUUUUUGGAAAACUUUCUCCGUCCAGAAGGAGCUGCCAAUACCACUUUUGAUACAUGGUGACCAUGCCAGUUUUUCUGAAACUGACAGCAUGCUGGUGGUCAGCAUUCGCUGCCUCAUAUCGGACAGGUCGAUUAAGAGCUCCGAGCUGCUGCUUGCUUGCCUGCCGAAAGAUGCCAAUGCUGGUUCUUGGACAGCCUUGUGGAAGGAACUCGCUGCCAGUCUGAGUGUCCUGGCUGCAGGCAAGCAUCCAGACGGCAAGCCUUUGAGGCGAUGUGUGUUGAUGGCUGUGGCUGGGGAUCUGGAAUUCUUUGCCCAAGAGUUUGGAUGGCCCACUGCCUUGAGCAACCAGCCGUGUCCUUACUGUAAGGCGGACAACCUCUUCAACAAGGACAAAGAGGUGGCACCGUUCAACGACUUCCGCCCAUGUGCUGCAUGGAGGGGCAUGCUCAAGGCACACCUGUUCGGGAACCUGCUCUACGACUUGGGGCAGGACGAGCUCCCUGGUUCUUCUUUGUUAGAGAGGAUCAUGGAAACAUAUGUCGAGCUGGGAAUCCCUGCCAAUCGCAGAAUUCCCAAGAUCGCCAAGACCAACCUCGUGGGGGCCUCUGACUACCCGUGCCUGCUGCACAUCAAGGGCCGGAAGAUCAGGGAUUUUGCCGAUGUGGCUGUUGUGCUGGCGAACAAGUUCACGGGGAUGGAAGAGGGACGACACAGAGCAGAAGCUUGCAAGGCAAUGAAAACUCUGUAUGAUUUGGCUGAUCGGAAAGAAUGGUUCUGGAGCAGCAAGAACCACGAGAAAUUUGACAAGGCCGUGCAUGCCUUUCUGUCCCACUAUGCAUACCUGGCCAAGGCUGCAUUUCGCAAAGGCAAGACGAGAUACAGCAUCGUGCAGAAGUUCCACUUGUUGGCCCAUUUUCCUGAGCAGUGCAGAUGGGCCACACCCAGAACAUGUUGGACAUACGGCCCGGAGAGUUUUAUGUCCAUAGUGAAAAGGAUAGCUAGCAGCUGUGAUCGUGGAACUGCCGCCUGGCAGGUACCUGAAAAGGUUUGCAGCAAAUUCGCCUUGUUUCAUGACUUGAUCCUGAAGGGAUGGCUUGACAUGGAUCAGGAAGAUUGA